CGCCCCUGCGCGCCACACAAGUUGCACCUCGCGCUCGCCCUCCGAGAAGAAGCUUCGGGCGUCAGAUCAACAUGGCGUUGAGCUGCAGAGCUGUCACUGGACUUCGGAGCGAGACGACCACGGCCACAGCGACGGAUCACCUGUGACUGAGCACUUUUAUCUGCGUUUCAUCCUGUCUCUGCGAUUCCACGCACGCCGAAGUAAAACACAGAGAGACAGACAGAGAGGGGCGGGGGGAUUGCGGAGUCAGAGUUGAGCUCUAUCGGACAGUUUGACAACGAAAUAUGUCAACCUGUUUAGCUAACAGCGGUUAACUUACGCAGUGCGAGCCGCUAGCUAUCGACCCCGCCACGAGCUCUGCUGUUUGGGCUCCCUCCUCCGCGUCACCAGUCGGUAACAACGCAACAUGAUUCGGUGAGCUUCGUCUUCUGCUUGUCACUCAGGUCCAGACAGUUCAGCCAGCGCCGUCAGCUUAGCCGAGUACCCCGAGUUUCUGCUGUUUUGUACGAAGCUUCUGAAAGCGUUGGCAAGAGAAGGAAAAUGUCAGACAACCAGAGCUGGAACUCAUCCGGUUCCGAGGAGGACAUAGAGCCUAGAGAGGAGCCUGGACAUCAUGUUGGUAUCGCCGACUUGAGCGGAGUCCUCAGUAAGUGGACAAAUUACAUCCACGGAUGGCAGGACCGUUGGGUGGUCCUGAAAAACAACACGCUGAGCUACUACAAGUCCCAGGAUGAGACCGAGUAUGGCUGUCGGGGUUCCCUCUGCCUUAGCAAAGCUGUGAUUACUCCUCACGAGUUUGAUGAGUGCCGGCUGGACAUAAGUGUGAACGACAGCGUGUGGUACCUGAGAGCACAGGACCCGGAGCACAGACACCAGUGGAUUGACGCCAUCGAGCUGCACAGGAGUAUCAGAGAGGGGAGGAGAGAGAAGGGAGGAGUCCAGGGAACAAUAAUCAUCCCUCCACCACUGGCUGAUUCUGGCUAUGGUUCAGAGUCCAGCCUGCGGAGACACGGCUCCAUGCUGUCCCUCACAUCAGCCACCAGCGGAUACUCGGCCACCUCCACGUCCUCCUUCAAGAAGGGUCACAGCCUGAGAGAGAAGCUGGCAGAGAUGGAGACCUUCAGAGACAUCCUGUGCAGGCAGGUGGACACGCUGCAGAAGUACUUCGAUGGCUGUGCAGACGUGUCUAAAGAUGAGCUGCAGAGAGAUAAAAUCGUGGAGGAUGACGAAGAUGACUUCCCCAACACUCGGACUGAAGGAGAGUUUCUGCACAACAACAACGGCAGCAAAGAAAAACUAUUCCAGUCCUUGAGUCCCAAGGGAAUCAACGGCAUAGACUUUAAGGGCGAGGCCAUCACAUUCAAAGCCACGACGGCUGGGAUCUUGGCCACUCUGUCCCACUGCAUCGAUCUGAUGGUGAAGAGAGAAGACAGCUGGCAGAAGAGGCUGGAUAAGGAGAUGGAGAAGAGGCGGAGGAUAGAGGAGAGCUAUAAAUCUGCACUCAACGAAUUGAAGAAAAAGUCUCACUUUGGAGGACCCGAUUAUGAGGAGGGUCCAAACAGCCUCAUCAACGAGGACGAAUUCUUCGACGCGGUCGAAGCUGCUCUCGACCGACAGGACAAGAUGGAAGAGCAGUGUCAAACUGAGAAGACGAGGAUUCAGAGGUCCAGCCCGCUGCCCCCCGGAGACGUCUACUCCAGCACUGGCACACACAGGUUCUCUGACAAGCCUCGUAGUCAGUCCUCCCCUCCUCUGAUAGUCAUGGCCCCUCCUCACGAUGUCCACAGGUUCAGCGCAGAGGUGGAGGAGAUGGUGCGGAAUCACAUGACCUACUCCCUGCAGGAUGUUGGUGGAGAUGCCAACUGGCAGCUGGUUGUGGAAGAGGGAGAAAUGAAGGUGUACAGGAGAGAGGUGGAGGAAAACGGGAUCGUUUUGGACCCGCUGAAGGCCACGCACUCGGUGAAGGGGGUCACUGGUCACGAGGUUUGCCACUACUUUUGGGACACUGCCUACCGCAACGACUGGGAGACCACCAUCGAAAACUUCAAUGUUGUGGAGACGCUGUCAGACAACGCGGCCAUCAUCUAUCAAACGCACAAGCGGGUGUGGCCUGCGUCUCAGAGGGACGUGCUCUACCUGUCUGCCAUGAGGAAGAUCUUGGCCAACAACGAGAACGACCCGGACACCUGGCUGGUCUGCAAUUUCUCCGUGGAUCACGACGACGCGCAGCCGUCCAGCAGGUGCGUCCGCGCCAAAAUCAACAUCGCCAUGAUCUGCCAGACCCUCGUCAGCCCGCCAGAGGGAGACAAAGAGAUCAGCAGAGACAACAUCCUGUGUAAAAUCACCUACGUCGCCAAUGUGAAUCCUGGAGGCUGGGCUCCGGCCUCCGUGCUCAGGGCCGUGGCCAAGAGGGAGUACCCCAAGUUCCUGAAGCGCUUCACCUCCUACGUCCAGGACAAAACUGCUGGCAAGCCCAUCUUGUUCUGAGGCUCACAGCGUGGAGACGUGAGGACAGGCUUUGAGGACCUUCGGACUCAGCCAGACAAGUUCUUCAAAGCGAGUUCUGCCCUUCCAGUUUUUAGCUUACACGGCGGUUCCGGUGGGUGAGGGGGGAUCCUAAUGGUGCCCUCUGGUGGCUGCAUUCAAACAUCAACCUCUGAGAGACAGUCAUAGGAGGAAAGCUCCUGAGUUAGUGAAAUCAUUAUUACCACUCAUUGCACCUUCAUUGUGAUUUAGAUAAAAUGCUACAAUGCUGUUAUUCAGAAAGAGAGUAUAUUGAUUAGUAUAUUAAGUGAUUUCAUGUCCCGGGCUGAAUGCACCCAGCAGUGGGUCCAGUCUGCCUGCCCUCACUAUGAAAGCUCCUCGUGAUGCCAUCUUUCAUGCUCGUAUAGCAGGCUGACGGUUCGUGUCCUCUUUCUUACAGAUAUAUUAAUAUAUAAAUGUAUGUAUGUUCUAUAAGAGCUUUGUAAAAAAAAAGAAAAAGAAAGAAACAGAAUCAGAUCUUUGCUAAUAGAAUGAAAUAUUUUAUUCUUGCCAUUUAUAGUCCCUUCUUUGCGCUGACUCGCGUUUCCCAGCUUUCUUUCGAAGCUGCUAACUUUUGCUAGUAAGAACGACGAGAUCGAUUUGAGAUCUUAUUUAAGUCCAGAGGGGCCGUCGCCAGCGCGUGACCCCUGUGAUGUAAGACUUGACCUUCCUGACUCCGUCCCUCUCAUGAAAACACCUGUGGUCGGUGCCGAUGGAGCGACAGGUUGAUGGGAGUUUGACUCAGACGUUUCAUGUGUUCGUGUACACGAGCUGCUUGGCUUCGGCUUUGCGUUUUGAAUGUUGUAAAUAGCGUCUCUAACAUUUCUUUGAAGGUGGCCGAGUCGAGCCCAAAUGCCUUAGCGUAAACGGGAGAAAACAGUUCCAGACGCGCUAAAGGGCGCCGUCAGGGCGCCGGUGAAAUCACUAGUGAAGUGCCUCACGGCUGAAACCCGCUCGUCACCGUCUCUUCUCCUUCAGGAGUCCGUUUGCCCUGCAGUACAUCUGCUGAAUGAAUAAACCAGGUGACACAGGUCCCAAAGUGGGAUAUUUCUACAAGUUCGAGUAUUAUGGAGUGUUUAGAUUCAUUUCAUUUAAAUAUCAGUAUAAGCAUUGCUGCCUCAAACUUCAAGACUUUGUU